UAGAGGAGGCAUAGAGUGUGGGCAGCCUGGGACGGUGUUGGCAAACAUGGAGCAGACCUCAAUGUAAACACCUCGCCAGCCUCCUGCUUCGCCUCGCACAUUCUCAGCGCCAAGAUGCAAUCCCUCGACCCUCAUAAUGGAAAGAACUUCUGGAAGAAGAAUAGCAAGUCUGUGCCGGGGAGCAUGCGAGCUGUGUAUGGCGCCAUGCAUCCUCCCAUUACACGCUCACCAAAGUCGAGCCCACGUAAGGAGGGCGCACAGAGGAAACCUGAGGUGAGCGAUAGUUUCCAGGAUUACCAGGAAUCGGUCAACGAUGCUUGGGAUUGUGGGGAUGAUGAGUUCUGCGUUAUAUCAGAUGUGAAAAUAUCAAAUCGCAUGGUUCAGUCUGCCGCAUUAAGUGUGAUCAAUAGCCAUCGAUCCAGGCAGCUGCCACCUCACAACUUAGCCGAACUUCACAAUCAGCUCCAGCCUACCAUAGCCUGCUCAGAUGCACAUGCAACAGAAAUAGUCUCUCACCCAGUGGUCAACAAUAUUCACUCCUCUGUGGGCGUGUUGUCUUAUUCACCCCCGAUUGAGGGUGCCCUCCCUCUGUCCAGACUAGACCCAUCAGCAGCAGUCACACAUAGGACUCCUGUCAUCAGUACCUCGGGUAAUGAGAGAGACAUGGCUAAACAAGAAAAGUUCCUAGAAUUAAUUUCAAGCAACAGUACCAAUUUGUCGGAGCUUCGGAAGCUCUCGUGGUCUGGUAUUCCGCCCUCUGUUCGAGCUGUCACUUGGAGACUCCUUAACGGGUACCUCCCGGCCAAUGCUGAACGACGUGAGGAUACUCUGAAGCGGAAACGGGAAGAAUACUGGAGCUUUGUGAAGCAGUAUUAUGAUACUCGACAUGAAGAUAUAUACCAGGAUACAUUUAGGCAGAUUCACAUAGAUAUUCCAAGGAUGUCACCUCUAGUGCCACUUUUCCAGCAGAUCAUUGUACAGCAGAUGUUUGAACGCAUCUUGUACAUUUGGGCUAUUAGGCAUCCGGCAUCAGGCUAUGUGCAAGGGAUUAAUGACCUUGUGACACCUUUCUUUAUUGUCUUCCUACACGAAGUAGUUCCUAAGGAAGAGAAAUUGGACACGUAUGAUGUGGAGUUGGUAGCGGAAGAGGAUCGAGCAGUGGUGGAAGCCGACAGCUUUUGGUGCAUGUCUAAACUCCUUGAUGGUAUCCAAGACAAUUACACCUUUGCCCAACCGGGUAUACAAACCAAGGUUCAACAGCUUGGGGAACUCAUGAAGAGAAUUGAUGUCAAUCUUCACCAACAUUUGGACAGGCACGAGAUUGAUUACCUCCAGUUUUCUUUCCGUUGGUUCAACAACCUGCUGAUGCGGGAGAUGCCCUUAGGCUGCACUGUGCGUCUCUGGGACACCUUACAUGCUGAACCUGAUGGCUUUUCUCACUUUGUGUUGUAUGUGUGUGCAGCAUUUCUGAAGUAUUUCUCACAUCAUCUCAUGGCCCAAAGGGACUUUCAGGGUCUUAUGCUGCUGCUUCAAAAUCUUCCAACUUCUAGCUGGUCUGACAGUGAGAUCAGCCUCCUGGUUGCUGAAGCUUUCCGUCUCAAGUACAUGUUUGCUGAUGCUCCGAACCACCUCCAGGCUAACAAAAAGUGACUUUAGCACCUUCUAAAAUUUGGAAAAAUCCAGCCUGCUCUUAGCAGCAGCUUUUUGGUGACAUGAAUCAUACACCACAUCCAACCAAAUUCCAAGUUGCAUUAGAUGCUCUGAACUUCUAUACGGAUGGGUGGUUGUGUGCAUUCCACUGCACCCUUGGUAAUGAUGGCAGAUCUGUGGAGAAAUUACUCAAAAGUUACAUGAACAUUUACUUGAACUGGAUCAACUGUAAUGAGUAAGAUGAAGUAUGCAGUUUGCCAUGGAAGGUUAGAAGGUCUGUGGAAGUAUGGCUUGCAUUUUGAUUAUCUGUUAGCAUACCGUAGAAUUCCUGUCUCUGUACUCUAAUUUCCUUAACAUUUUCACAUUGAAAAUUUGCCUUUAGUUAAGAAGGUAAUUGUAUGCCUGUUUUGUCUACUCCUUUUGGGGAAAUUGAUAUUGGGUGUGUUUGAGGGCGUACAUAGUCUGUAUGGUUUUGAUAAGUUUGUGUCAUUUUAAGUAUGUAUGUAUGUACAGGAAUAUCUUAUUUACCAGAUUGAAAUUAAAAUACUAUUUUA